ACGUUACCAUACGCUGCUGACGUGUAAUAAGGAAGUAGCUUUCGACCUGUCUUUAUCCGUUAGCUCCUAGUUCUUUCUCAUCAUCGUAAGCUCCUGUUAUUGACAGCUCACUACGAAAUCAUCUGAGAUAGCGUUUAGCUGUCCGAUGAAAUAACAACGCAAGACUAACCGGGCUAAUUACGAAGAAUUGCUACAUCCCUAUAGCCCCUCCCGGUGCCUCACAUCGGCUGACCAGCUGCUCUUGCAGGUUUGGUUGAACACAGCAGUGUUAUGAAGAAGUGUGAGUGACUAAGUGAGCACAACAACAAUGGGGAAGCGGAGGAUCCCAGAUCUGUACAGAGCUCCUUUUCCUUUAUACUCCAUUAAAGUGGACUCUAAGACAGGGCUGGUGAUCACAGCAGGAGGAGGAGGGGCCUCCAAGACAGGCAUAAAGAAUGCUGUGCACUUCCUGGAUCUACAGCUAGUUGGAGAACACCAGUACAAUGCCAGUCUCCUUCACGCUCAUGAUACUGACACACGUGCCACCAUGAACAUGGCUGUAGGUGAUGGUGUCAUUGCUGCAGGACAGGAUGGGACCUGCUGUCUAAUGACGUUUAAACACUGCACACAGAAAGGAAGAGGAAAAGCUUUUGCUAAAGAUGUAGGGAACAGUGUCCAGCAAGGUAGCGCCAGGCGACGAGCUGGGAAAGGAGGCAAAGGUGGACAGGAUGGAUCUGCAGCAUCUGGAGAUAAGUCAGAGUUAAAGGAUGAGACAGCUUCCGUUUCUGUGACUGCUUUAGCUGAAGUACAGUCAGACCUCAACCAUCAGGACCCGCUCCAGAAGGUGGUUAGGUUCAGUCCUGACCUAAGCCUUCUUCUGACAGGAGGUACAGAUGGACACAUUCGAAUCUGGGAGUUUCCAUCCCUGAAGAAGAAGUUUGACUUCAAAGCACAUGAAGGGGAGAUUGAAGACUUGGAUAUGGGUCCAGGGAACAAGCAGCUGGUGACUGUUGGCCGGGACUUUGCCUGCAGUGUAUGGAGUGGCAGUCAGUUGGCAAUGAAUCUGAAAUGGUAUGAAACCCUGCCUCAAAUGACUGAGAAGACUUAUCGAUAUAUGGCUUGCAGUUGUUUCAGGUUCGGAAAGGUAGAAGACCAGAAAGCGGGUCUCAGGCUUUACACUGUCCAGAUCCCCCAUAAGAGGGAUAGAAAACCUCCCCCUUGUUACCUCACCAAGUGGGAUGGCAAGAGUUUCCUGCCCAUGCUUACGGCUCCCUGUGGCACAGAGGUUAUCUCCAGUCUGGCUGUCAGUGACUCUGGAACAUUUCUUGGCCUUGGAACUGUAACAGGAUCAGUAGCUAUCUACAUUGCUUUCUCCCUACAGAAGCUGUAUUAUGUACAGGAGUCCCAUGGUAUUGUUGUGACAGACUUGGCCUUCCUGCCUGACUCAUUGAAAAGCAAAAAUAUCAAAGGGAAUAAUGAAACAGCCCUGUUAAGUGUUGCUGUGGACAGCCGCUGUCAAGUACAUGCCGUCCCCAACCGAAGAUCCUUUCCCAUCUGGCUGGUGCUGUUCUUCUGUGGCCUCAUGGUUGUGGGAGUCAUCCUCCUCCUACAGUACCUCUUUCCAGGAUUUAUUUAAAUUAAGCAAAUGUCAGGGGUCAAGGUUGAUUCAGCUUUGACACAUCUUCUUAUGACAUAUUUUGCUGUACAGUAGCCAUCCUCAGCUCAUCACCGACACAUCUCCAAUGCUGCACCACAAGUCCCUCUGAGCCUGUGAACGAUCUUUUAGAUGCAGUGCUGUCUUUAAACAGCUUUUAUGGCACUAUGCCCCCCAGCUCUUACUCAGGAUUGUUCCUCUUGGACUUGUAAACCCAGAGGAAUCAAACCAGGACAGACUGUGGGAUUGGAUUAUCUUUCAGUUAUUUUUAAUCUUUUUUGGUAUUUAUGUUUG